AAAACAAAAUGGAGGUUUCUCCAGGAAGGGAUGGAAUGACCUUUACUUUAGUGAUUUUCUGACACUCCUUGACCACUGAAGUCUUAUCGGUGAAAAUGGGGAAACUUAAAUGCUUCGAGAUUGUAUUCCCGGACCAGCGAUCCGUGUUUCACCCAGGCGAGUGCGUUAACGGGCAGGUUGUAGUGGAACUGAAAGGCGAUAUGAAAAUGAGGUCAUUGCGAGUGUUCAUGCGAGGGGUUGCUAAAGUUCACUGGACGGAAUCGCGAAGUACGGGAAGCAGAUUGGGGUCGUAUACGGAACAUUACAAUGCUGAGGUGGAGUAUUUCUUCAAACGACAAGUUCUUUUUGGUGGAGAAGUUUCUGAUGGACGAGACACACUGACAGAGGGCCGCCAUGAAUUUAACUUUGCUUUUGAGCUUCCAAUGGGUGGUAUUUCCACCUCGUUUGAAGGCAAGCACGGAAGUGUGCGGUACUGGCUGAAAGCAGAGAUGGACAAGCCAUGGUCCUUCAACCACAAGACGAAGAAAGCCUUCACUGUCAUCAGUCCCAUCGAUAUAAACAGACCAGAGUACCAGACCCAAGUGGAGAGCAGUGUUGAGAAGACUCUGUGCUGUUGGCUGUGCAUGUCAGGGCCAAUCUCCAUCACAGCCCGCACCGAUCGCCGAGGUUACUGCCCAGGGGAAUCAAUAGCAAUAUCGGCAGAGUUUGACAACCAUUCUUCACGAACUGUUAUUCCGUAUGCCACCCUAUACCAAACACAAGCAUUCUUUGCUAGCGGGAAGUCUCGAGUUAGGCGGACUAAGUUCACCGUUUUGACUGGUUUGCCUGUUGCACCUGGCAACCGAGGGAGCUGGGAUAGCCAGUUGUUGAAGAUACCAGCAGUUUCGCCAUCAAUCAUGAAUUGUUGUGUGAUGAAAGUAGACUACUUUGUAAAGGUUGCACUGCAUAUUCCCGGUGCCUACAACCUGACAAUGCAUCUACCUAUCGUCAUCGGGACAGUUCCGUACCGCCGAGCACAGUCUUACCGCUUCACCGAGUCCCGAUUCUAUCGAGAAACCCAGGCCCAGUUUGCCAUGGACUUCCUCCCUGUCCCUCCGCCAUACAGAGAAACAAUCACACCGCCGCCUCCAUUUGAAGACCCACCAACCUAUGCUGAAAGUAUUGGUGGUGCAGUCAACCUCUGUGAUGACGAGGACGACGAACCCGGCUCCAACAUGGGAGACCUCACGUUCACACCCAUGUACACGUACGUGUACGACUACCGCCCCCCACCAGCGUACUCAGAGGUACAGACGGAUCCCAACCCAUUGUCCCACCUGGAGAACAUAAGCCUCGAUCCCAGUUAACCCCUCGCUGUGGUCUUAGUGGGUUCCAUCUCCUCACGCUUGUGGCUGGACAAUUUGACCUUCACACACGAGCACAGAUCCAAGGGAGAGAACUUGGGUCUUGAAGGCUGCAGCAUGGUGUGGAAGCGGAAGGAUCGCACAGCACACAUGCACUUUCGAAGACAGCAGGCAUGGUUCCUUAUUUCUGUGGGUGUCCAUGUUUCUGAGUCAUGACACUUAUGUGGCUGUGUAAUGUUGAUACCCUAUAGAAAAGGGAUAUUAUACACUAUUACUAUAGUUAUUCAGUUGUGGAUAUAGUGCCAAACAUGACCAGUUGAUUCUAAUAUCAUACACAUGCAAUGGUGUAGUGUGUUGCUAAUGUAGACGACAUCGUUAGAAUCACAUCUUUAGAUGACCAAUGCUUGCUUGUCUCGUAGCCUUAUAUUUGCACAAAGACAUUACAGUCUGCAAGGAGCUUCUAUCUAUUAUAUAUGCUUUGUAAUAUAUUGUUUCCCAGUUGAAAUAUUAAUUUAUAAAAAAAAUCAAAUGUUUUAAAUUAAUAUUGAAAAAAUAUUUAGAUUUUCUUGCUGCUUUGGAUACUUAUAACAACAUCCCAGUGUUAAGAUGUAUGAAGAGUUUGGACUCUUUAGUCAGUAACAUGAGUUUGAGAAAAGAAAAGAAAAGAAUCUACAUGUAUCAAAGUGAAUU